AUGGUUCUCGCAAAGGUCGCUCGUGUUGAUGUUGAGCACGUCACCCCAGCUCAGAAGCAAAAGCGCACAUGGAAGGACUAUAUAUGGCAAAACCCCGGAAAAUCGGCUGAAGAAAAAAGGCUCAUCUACAAGAUUGAUCUGAUUUUGAUCACUUUCGGUUUCCUGGGAACAUGGAUCAAAUAUCUUGAUAAGAGCAAUCUUCAGACUGCCUUUGUUAGCGGUAUGAAAGAAGACCUCGGGUUUUAUGGCAAUCAAUUGAACUACGCAAAUACUGCCUAUAGCAUUGCCAGUAUAAUUGGCCUUUGGCCAGCAAACCUGAUUAUAACUCGUGUUCCACCAAAGUGGUUUAUCCCAUUCCUUGAGGUUGGCUGGACGAUUAGCACAUUUUGUCAAGCACAAAUGACAAAUAGCACUCAAAUGUGUGCGAUCCGUGCUUUAGUUGGGCUAUUUGAGACAGGCCAUUGGUCAUGCAUGAUCUACUUGACAGGGGCGUGGUACAAAGACGACGAGCUAGGACGACGUGUAGCACUCAUCAACGCUGCGACAGCCAUCGGCCCCAUCUCAUACUUACAAGCCGCCAUUUAUGGUCCUCUGGACGGCCGCCUAGGUCACGCCGGAUGGCAGUGGUUGUUCUACAUCGACGGUAUUAUUUCUGUCAUUGUGAUCAUACCUCAGUUGUUCCUCCUCCCCGAUGUGCCUGCACGCCAACAGCCGAAUUGGAUGUUCACCGCUGUAGACAUAGAAUUAGCACGCGAUAGAAAUCCAAGGGAGGGUCGUGUACGGCAGGAUAAAUUCACUUGGUCACAAAUUCGAACAUGGUUCUUGCGACCCGAGAUCCUUCUCCUGUGGCUCAUGAGCUGGUGUAACUCCGUUGGAUCGAAACCACAAGAUUCAUUCUCCUACUGGUUCAAGGGAUAUAACAGCAUCAAAAAGGGAAGCUUCACUGUGCAACAAAUCAAUGUCUAUCCCACGUUCACCUAUCUCAUCACAUUCUUCAAUACGUUAAUAAUAGGCUGGUCCAGUGAUACUAUCUUCAAUGGUCGAAGAUGGCCGCCGCUCUGUGUUGCUGCGACUCUUAAUGCAAUUGUGUGUGUGCUGCUCGCUGUGACGCCGGUUUAUCCAAAACAUCGCGCCUUCCGUUGGUUCCUCUACUACAACACAGGAUGGAUCCAAUCAUCGAGUUCGAUGUUUUGGGCAUGGACGCAGGAUACUGCUGGCGACCCUGGCCUUCGGUCAUUUGCAAGUGCUGGACUUAACGUAGCGUCCGGUAUCUGUACGGCAACAAUCCCCCUUGCUCUCUUCCAAACUAAAGACCAACCGGCUGUCACGGGAGGCAACUGGGCCGGAUUUGCCUUCUCCCUCGUCUCCCCUGCCGCCGCUCUCACGUUAGCCUGGUAUCAGCAUAAGCACCGUACACUACAAAGAUACCACGAAGAUUCCGAGGCAGGCUCGAGUAUUGAUCAGGGUGAAGACAUUGAUAGAAAAAGCGUUGAUAGUGUGAAGGGAACUGAUCCGGAACUCCUUAUCGUCUUGGAAGUUGUCCGCAAGGAAUCGUCCUACAGAACAGGGCCGGCUAAUGUGCAUGCUGGGGAUCUGAUCCCGAGUUUUAGGGAUAACGAAAUCGUCAUGAUAGGACCGUCCGCGGACCACGCAUCUUUGAUCACCACUAAACGAGUAGUAAGCACGACGUCUAAGUCCUUCUCAGACAUCCCUCUUGGACUCAUACUUGACUUCCGGAAUGCAUCAAGCCUUCCCGCGUUCAAGGCCAUGCUCAUGAUUAAGUUCGUGGCUUUUGAUAUUCCUUUCCAUGAUAUCCUAGGUUACCUCGUUCUCAGGCUGAAUCUUCGAGGCACCGCAGUCAAAAUUGGUUACCGCACAAAAGCUAUUGCCUGCGAAUCACACCCCCUCUGGUGGCUAACUCGCGUCAAAUGGGAAUUGAUGUCCAUCACCCGCGAUAUCCCGGCCAAGUCAACGAAGGGAGGCCAAGUCGGAGAAAUCCCUGAGCCUUGUGAGGAUGGAUUCAUUGGAUCCGUGUCGGAGUUGAUCUGUAUCCGGGGAAAGAUUACCUAUAUUGGUAUGGUUUCUCCCUUCCUACAUAUGUCUACAGGCCAUCAUGACGAGAGGGAGAGGAGUUGGAUUAUCACGGCAAGUCCAAGGGACUUGAAUGCUGAGAGAUAUCUGGCGUUAAACAUUCUUGCGAGUAUUAAUGGGAUCCCGCGAGAUCCCGACGUGAAUAUAACGUCAGGCAAUUAA